AUGCGCCGGUUUCUGGGCCGUCCCCCGAUAGACCAUGCGAACGACUCCAUUACGAGCUCGCCAAACCCCGCCCUCCCCGUCGUCUACCGCCUCUCCGCUUCACAAGAUGCCGUGUUCCAAGCUGGCGUGCCAAUCGCAGCUCUCGAUCGUUCACCCGAUGGUCGCUCUGCCGUGCUAGGCGGUCGACAUAUUUUGAAGAUUGUCCGCUUCGACGGUUGCAACAUUGAAGAGCAUGCCGACCUGCGAGCCAGCUUGACUGGUCAGGCGGCGCGUGCAAACCCAAGCGCAACAGCUUCGGUCGGAGAUAAGCUCUCCAUCAAGGAUGUCAAAUGGGCUUCUUCCAGCGGCGGCGCGCAAUCCCUUUACACGGCUUGCGGCAACGGCAAGAUAUUUCAUUAUGACAUUACAAGGUCUUUUGGAGCCAUCGGCAGGGCCGGGGCGGCCCUAGACACCAUCACGAUCCGCGAGGACACGCGCCAGGUGAACGCGCUCGACGUGAACCCUCACAGGGACUCGUGGCUUCUCUCCGGUAGCCAAGACGGCUUCGUGCGAUGCUUUGACACGCGCGACCCCAUAUCGAUCAACCGCGGUGGCCUUACCUUUCGGCAGAUCCACGCCGGCAAGUGCAACGAUGGCGUGCGCCACGUCAAAUGGUCCCCAAAGGAAGGGUUCUGUUUCGCAUGCGGUACCGACAGCGGCGUCGUCAUGAAGUGGGACAGCCGCAUGUCUGCCAAGCCUGUGCUCAGGAUCAACGCCCACGAGGCAAACCGUGCGUGCACCACAGUGGCGUGGCAUCAUGAUGGUGAGCAUCUUGCCAGCGCUGGUACAGACAGCAAGCUGCACGUCUGGGAUGCUUCUCCCGGCGCCGACAAGAAACAGAAGCCCAAGCUUUCCAUCACGUUGCCAGCACCGGCGGCCGCAAUGACUUGGAGACCGGGUCAGUGGUCUGCCACAGUCCAGGGACGAAGAGCGGCGCAGAUUGCGGUUUCCUAUGACACCAGCAGUGCAGGGAAACGUCAUUCCAACGCUGUUGUUCAUCUUUGGGACUUUGCCCGCCCUACAAUGCCAUACAGAGAGGUGGACCGAUUUGAUAUUUCGCCCAUGUCUCUCCUUUGGCUCGAUUCUGAUCUGCUCUGGACAGCCGGACCUGAUGGUAUUUUCAGUCAGUGUGACGUUGCAUUUGCCCCUAAGGUCAUUGACCGAACUCCAGUCUCGGCGAUGGCUUUCUCUCCUCGUGGUGAUGUCGUCAUGUUACUAGAUGAACGGACCCAGCCCCGUCGACCUCGCCUGCCAGCCUCGCUCCACCGCAUGGACAUGCGUCCGCCGCCAGCUGACUCCCCCAAUGAGCUAAGUGGCUCCAGCCCUGUCGCCAACAUGUUCAGCAUGGGUCGUAGCGAUUCCGAGGACGAGGUAGUUACUAGCUUCCUCGGUCCCCGGAAACCAGAAGCACCGGCGGUGAGGAGCAGACGAGCUAGCAUCAAGUCGUCUCCAAAUACCGUCAGCACAACACCACCAUCAACAACUAUCUCAAAUGAGCCUGCCGUUGCCUUGGAGCCUUCGCUCAAGGUUGCCGGUCUCUAUAAAAACCACCAGUCUAUGGCCAUCGGACACGUUCCGGCAGCGCCUAGAGUCGACGUUUACCAUUUUUUGUCUUCGCAAUAUCUCGAGACUUUGUCAAAGGAACUGCCAUUUAAUCCACAGCCUGGCAGUAAACCUAUGGUUGACCGAGUAGUGGGCAUACUACGGCACUACGCUCGAGCAGCUGAUGCUGUCAGUCAAUUUCGCCUAGCACAGACUUGGCGAAUCCUUGCCUUUGCCAUGGACCUACUUCUCAGAAGCAGGGCCCAGUAUCACCUGGGUAGGAGAAUGAACCAGGCCAAGCUCAGGUUGGAAUCUAGCAGAGAAGAACGCGCAAAUGCCAAGGGAGGGGCACAGCCUCCUGCUAGGAACCCAGUCACCAGCAACGAGCUCACACCUCGCCAACAAUACUCUAUGGGCACGCCUCGUCCAUUGGCCAGGUCUCUACUAGCAGAAGAGUUUGAGAGCACCUCCAAUGUGCCGACACCAUUGGCUAGGCCAGUCAGCGACGCUACUGCUCGUCAACAAAAUCAAAUGCAUGAAAGCCCAACAAGCUUGCAUCAUGUCGGCGACAGACUCACGUCCAUAUCAGAUGUCGAGAACCUCAGUCUUCCACCUGCUGUCCAUCAUCGUUCGGAUUCACCAAUCCAGUCGCGUAAGCGUCUCGACUCGAUCCCAUUGUCCGAGGUGAGCAAUAGCAGUGAUCAUACCCAGCAUUCCAUUACGGAGGGAUACGACUUCUAUGACAUGGAUGCCAUGGCAAAAGCAAUGGAUUUACCUCCUGGCUCUAGGAAGUCCUUGGGUUCAACACCGCUGCCUUCUGAUUAUGUAGAGCCCAAGUCACCAGAGAGUCAGAGGCAUAGACCUGUGCUGAGGCAAGACUCGACGGAAAGCAUGGGCAACAUGUUUUACUUUUCCCAGACCAGUGGCGGAAGUUUACCCUCUACGAAACAGUCAGUCAGUCCUGAAGUAAAGGCUGGAGCCGUCCAAAGGGGCAGACAUCCAGCACCUACCAGUGCGCCCUCUCAGCAUCAAGGGAGUCAGAGUCCCGUCACUGGCGAGUUCCACAGUCGAAUACGGGGCAGAGACCUUUCGGGCUCUCCGAAAUAUCCUUCGUUGAAGCUCUUGCACCAGCAACGCACAAUGCGUCCGACAGGUGCAAUUAAUACUCAGACUUCCGAUGAGUACAAUGCAGAUAAUGUCAUGGACAGCCAAACCACCUUGGACAGUCAAUCUCCCAGGCAGGCUGCAUCUGAUGGGCCUCCCACAAGUCUUCCCGCAUCUAUAGAUCUGCCCCUUCCAAUCCCUAAUCUACGUACACCGAGUGAAGAUGAAGAGUCCUGUAGUAUCAUCGAGGGCGACUACUUACCGUGGCAAGACGACCCUUCAUACCCCUUUCCCACCUUACAACCUGGACAGGAAUCAGACCCACCACUCGAUAAUUUUCGUGCAACGCCUCUGCAACCAUAUGCACUACUUUCUCGUGCGCUCGAUUUUGAGAAGAAGCAUUCCGCGCUGAACGCCUCUGCAAUGAUAUUAUUGCUCAGACCUCUCGUCCCUGAUGGUCUGAUAGACGUUCAUCUCGCCACUUCCAUCCUCCGGCAGCACCACUCGCGGCUAAUGGGCAUGAAUCUAUUCGUCGAGGCUGCGCUCUUGCGCAAGCUGUGCGUUAGAGGCUGGCCUGGAGGUAUCUUGGAGAAUUACUGGGUCGAAGGAUACCCGGCCGUCUUUGCACAGGCGCAGCAGGGUGUUAGUGUUGCGUACCUAUGCAGCAAGUGCAAGAGGCCGCGCGAGAUGGACAGGUCGUCAACGUCAAGUGACACAGUAUGGAAGCCGUGCAAGAAGUGCCAGACCCCAGCAGGACCCUGUUCAAUAUGCGGACAUCGUCAUGUUACAGCUAUUGUCGAUGACUACGACAUACCCACAUCAGAAGGACAUGGAGUAGGAGAUGGCAAGUCCCAGGAGCAAGAUAGCACGGGAUCCGCCACUAAACCCUCCAAGAUGCCUCCCCUUUCUACAUGGUGGUAUUGCCCCACUUGCGCACAUGGCGGCCAUUCUUCGUGCAUGUCCAUAUGGCAUGGCGUUUCGCUAAACUCGCGGCAGGCAGAUGGUACAACUGGCCUUAUUGAUGGUGUAGCUGAACUGGGUGAUACAUUUCCUUAUUUGGCACCUGAGAUGAUCCCAGGCGCCGGAAUCUCGGAUGGAUGCUGCCCUGUCGAUGGAUGCGGCCACGCCUGCCUCCCUGGGCGAUAUCGCGCAGAGUCCACAGCCGCGAGGACUGAGGAGGUUAGCCGCACUAGCCUGCGGGAAGCCGUGGCGGCCGCGACGAGGGCUUCGUACUCUGCCGGACCUAGCGCCCGGGGCUCACCGGUCCUGCCACCUGGUGGGGGUCAGCAACCUCAGCACUUGGCGGGUCUGAGCGAUCUCAGCCUGGCCUUCGUCCGAGGCGAUCCGCACGAGGCGCCACAGAGCCGGGCCGUUGAUGGAGUACGUGAUGCCCUCAGCGGGCAUCUCGACCGCGCCUUUGCGGCCGGGGCCGCGGCCAGACGGGGAGGGAGCAUCUCGUUGAGCUCAAGUCCUGGGCGCGCCGGGGGCAUGCUUGGCGGCGGCUCUGGUCCUGCAGCUAGUGGGCAAUUGCCAUUUGGGCAUGAGCGGGAGAGGAGAAAGAGUGUCAAGUUUGCUGGGGCUGACGAGAGGAGAUGA